CGAGCCCGGGGCCCCACUCCCGCCCCGGGCCCCGCUCCCCACUCCCCGCUACCGCCCGACUGGCCUGAGAGGGAGGCCUGGCCCGAAGAGGCUUCCAGGCCGACGGCUCUGCGGGCGCGCAGGAGCCAGAUUUCACACUGAGCAGCUGCAGACGAGGAAAUCAGAGACAGCACAACCCAGCCCCAGAUUCCAAGGGGCCUGCUGGGGACUCUCUCCUCCCGCUCGGGCGGGAAGACCCCGAGGCCGCUGUCUCAGGCCAGGUCCUGGCUGCCAUGGGACGCGCAGCAGCCGCCCGCUGGCUGCCCUCCGCACUGCUAGGCAGAUAAGGGCGGGUGCUGCCCCAGGAGCACCUGCCGCCCCCUGCCGGACCCCUCCGUGGCCAGCCCUCCCUGACUUUGGGCCACCUCUGCUGACCCGAGGCCAUGUAGGCCCCACUCGGGCCUCUGUGGAUAGACACACCGCCGGGGACACCGCCUCUGCUCUCUGGGGGACCCAGCAUACCACCAUGCCCCGGGGAUUCGCCUGGCUACGCUAUUUGGGGAUCCUCCUUGGCAUGGCAUUGGGGAAUGAGGGUUUGGAGGUGUGGCCCUUGACCCAGAGCGAGGAGUGCGCCAUCACCGGCUUUCUGCGGGACAAGCUGCAGUACAGGAACCGCCUUCAAUACAUGAAACACUACUUCCCCAUCAACUACAGGGUCAGCGUGCCUUAUGAGGGGGUGCUCAGAAUGGCCAACAUCACCAGGCUGCGGAGGGCCCGGGUGAGCCAGCAGGAGCUGCGGUAUCUGUGGGUCUGGGUAAGUCUCAGUGCUACCGAGUCGCUGCAGGAGGUGCUGCUCGAGGGCCACCCGUCCUGGAAGUACCUGGAGGAGGUACACACCUUGCUGCUGGAUGUCCAGCAGAGCCUCAAGGAUGUGGAGGUCAGCCCCAAGGUGGAAGCGCUGCUGUCACUCCUGAGUGCCCCGGGGCUGAGCCUGAAGCUGGUGCGGCCCAAAGCCCUGCUGGACAACUGCUUCCGGGUCAUGGAGCUGCUCUACUGCCCUUGCUGUAAACAUAGCUCCGUCCUGAACUGGCAGGACUGUGCGGUGCCAAGCCCUCAGCCCCACAGCCAGGAGUCCCCGUCGUCACAGUGUGCGGCUGCCCAGCUGUACCCUCCACCCCAGCAGCCCCCUGCCUCCCUGCCCCGCUCGCCGGGACCCAAGGCUGGACCCCCAACUCAGUGACACUGCCGGGGACACGGAGCGAGGCCUCCUGUCCUGCGUGGCCUGUAUGGUGACCUGGGUGGGGAGGCUGGAGGGGCCCCAUGGGAGUUCAGCUGGGCCUGAGACUUUGCUGGGUGGUGGUGGGGAGCCCCCUCCCACCCCCCCGCCUUGGAGAGGAAGCCCUGGAAGGGGGUGUUUCCUUUGGGGAGUCUGUGCCUGAGAAGGGCUCAGCUUCCUGCCUUCCGUGCCUCACAUGGUCUCCCCUGGAGUUGCGGGGACCUGGGGGCACAGAGCUCUCACCCCUCCUGGCACCGCCCGGGCUGCGUCCCUCGCCUGAAGGCAGCACUGAAGGUCCCCAAGCCUGCGGAGGCGAGAGCUGGGCCUGGUGGGUGUGGGGCAGACGCAGCUCCGUGAGGCCGGGGGGCGGGGCAGAGCCGAGCGCCACAUCUUGCCACAGUGGAUGCCCUUCCAGUUCCUUUGAUUUUUUCUAUUAAACGCCUGCUUUGUUUGG